UUUCCUGAUAGAGUGCUUCAUACAAAGCUUCCUUCAUUCAAGUUCUCGUGACAACCAGAAAGGCUGUUUGAAGCUCGGGGACAAACCCCUUUUCAGGAAGCGUAGCGGCCCCAAAAUGACCAAUCUAUGCCUAUAUGUCAUCAAAGAGGAUCUAAUCUGGGUUUUCCUCCUGAAGUAAUCUUGUUCUAGUUCAGAGCUAGCUUUACAAAAGGUUUCGUUCCUAAGGAAGACGUUGAGAAGAUGGACGAAGUCAUGUUACCUGGUUUUAGGUUUCAUCCCACAGAUGAGGAGCUUGUUGGAUUCUACCUAAAGAAGAAAAUUCAGCACCGGGUUCUUCCUAUCGAGCUUAUCAAACAAGUGGAUAUAUACAAAUAUGAUCCAUGGGAUCUUCCAAAUUUGGCUCCCACAGGAGAAAAAGAGUGGUACUUUUACUGUCCAAGGGACCGUAAAUACAGGAAUAGUGCACGACCAAACCGUGUUACAGGAGCUGGUUUUUGGAAAGCCACUGGCACUGAUAGGCCGAUAUACUCAUCUGAUGGCACUAGCUGCAUUGGUUUAAAGAAGUCUUUGGUUUUCUACAGGGGAAGAGCUGCUAAAGGGAUUAAAACAGACUGGAUGAUGCACGAGUUUCGGUUGCCUUCACUCUCUCAAUCUCAAUCUCAACCAUCACCACCUAAAAAGAUCUUAGAUAAAAGCCUUCCGCCAAAUGAUGCCUGGGCUAUAUGCAGAAUCUUCAAAAAGACAAGUUCUAUGGCACAAAGAGCACUUUCACACUCAUGGGUAUCUUCAUUAUCCGAACACAAAGAAUCUGAGCUUUUCACGGAGUCUAAUCAGUUCAGCUUAGAGAACAUCUCUUGCAUGACUGACCAGCUAUGCAACAACGACUCACGGUUGGCUUCCCCCGACAGUUUUUCAGCUCUUGACAUCCCCUCAUACACACCCAUGAAUCCAACUGCUUGCAAACUCUCCCCUUUUUCAGUUCCACACACGGGUUUUCCUACUGGUUUCAUGUUUUCAACUGUGGAUAUAUCGGGACCAACCACAAAGAACACAUCUGAUGUUACUCCCAUGUUGUUCAAUCUUGACCCUGAUCUACUUGGGGAUGCAAGCAAGACUUCUGAAAAUAUGGUAUUUGGAGGCCCACAACAACAGUUCAACAACUUCUCAAUGAAGUCACCACAGGAUAGGCAAGGAAGUAUAGACACUGGUGACCAUGAUGAAGGUUUGAGGAAGAACAGUGAUCCAAUCAAUGAUAAUCACAAGUGGGCAAACGUGCGAACCAGUGGAUUCCCUUUCAGCGUACCAUCAACCGUUACUGAUGACUGGAAUCUUAAUAUGCCAUGGGAUUCUCCUACUUGUCCUAGCGAGAUGUCCACUACAUACUCUACAAAUAAGUGUUAUACUUAGUCAUUCUGCUUAAUUUCGGUCGUCUUUUGUUCGGUCUUAAUGUACAGGAUUUGAAUUUUUCUUUAUUUUCGUGUAUUUAUCAUGUAUUUACCUGUACAUGCCAGAA